AGCAGCCCUCCUCCACCAUCCACGCAAGCUGUGAGACUGGACUUCAAACACCCGCCCCGCUGGCAGGGCACCCCCAGUACAAUAUCCACGCGGGUAAAACUCCCUGAACGAUGCGAUUCCUCCUCUACGGGUGCGCGACAGUCGCCCUCACCGGCGCCGUCAUCGCAAAUGCAUGGAUGCAGCGGGGGCAGUUUUUCACCGCCGCCAUCCACUUGACGAGAUCUAGCUCUAGUCUUAUGGUUCUGUUAAAUAUGGGUCUGUAUGUGACGGUCCUGGCGGGGCGAGCGCUGCAACGACUAUUCUUUGGUCGGCUGCGAGCGUUGGAAGUAGAGCAUCUCUACGAACGAUCAUGGUUCGCAGUCACCGAGACCUGUUUAGCCAUGACCAUCUUCCGCGACCAGUUCGAUGUGCGGUUCAUCGUUCUGUUUGCGAUGCUGUUACUCGUAAAGAUCUUCCAUUGGCUGAGCCAGGACCGGGUUGACUUUAUGGAGCAAUCACCGAACCCGUCGCUUGGAUGGCAUUUGCGGAUGCAGAUCAUGAUGGCGUUGCUUACUGUGGUCGACCUGAUAAUGGUCCUGUAUUCCGUACAACAUACGACGACGCGUGGGGCGAGCAUGAUGAUCAUCUUUGGAUUCGAGUAUACGAUCCUGCUAUCGCUGAUAUUAUCGACCUUCGUGAAGUAUCUGCUGCACUCUUACGAUCUGCGGAGGGAUACGCCAUGGGAAGAGAAAUCGAUGUACAUAUUCUAUGUCGAUUUGCUGCAUGACUUUGAGAAACUCGUAACCUACAUCUGCUUCUUCGCCAUCGUCGUGUACUACUACAGUCUCCCCCUGCAUAUCGUCCGCGAUCUCUACAUGACCCUCCGCAGUUUUGUCAACCGAUGUCGCGAUCUCAUCCAGUACCGCCGCGCCACCGCCAACAUGAACGAGCGAUACCCCGAUGCGACCGUCGAGGAUCUCAAUGGGACGGAUCGUGUGUGUAUCAUUUGUAGGGAGGAGAUGGAGGUUGCUGCCCAGCAAGCAGCACCAGCGGCGGCGGCGGCGGGUGGGGCGGGUGGAGCGGCUCCGGUGCCACCACAGCAGGAUGCGGCGGGGGCGUCAAAUAGACGGCCGGCGGGACACCCAGACACCCCUAAGAAACUGAACUGUGGACAUAUUUUUCACUUUCAUUGUCUGAAGAGCUGGUUGGAGAGGCAGCAGAGUUGUCCGACGUGUCGGCGGUCGGUGUUGGAGCAACCCACACCUCCACCAACUGCACCCGCCAACGCCGCAGCAGCAGCAGCAGCCCAACAACAACCACCAGCAGCAGCAGGAGGGGCACCAGCCCUCCCCAAUGCCGACUUCCAAGCCUUCCUCCGCCAACACCAACAACAAUUCGCGGGAGGGAUGUUCCAUGGUCUCGCGGGUGCUGCCCCGCCACCACAACCACCGCAACCACCACAGCAGCCGGCGGGGAGUAGCAGUGCACCAGGCGCGACGGCGGUGCCGGUGAGAAGUCUCCCCACCCCGCUGAAUACGGCAUUCCCGCCACCGCCGCAUGUGGGUGCGCCGGGGGUUAUGUACCCGAUCACGCUCACGCCGCUUAUACCGCUGAGUGGGGCUAAUCUUGGGGCUUUGCAAGCACCCCAAAUACAAACCCUCGACCACCUAACCGACGCGCAGCUCCGCGACAUGGACGGCCAAUCGCGCGAGGCCAUCAGCGCACGGAUCAGAGCCCUGCAGAGUGUUCAGAGCCAGAUCACGGGGAUCAUCACCCAGUUGACGCAGAUUUCGACGUUGAUUCCGCCGCCGAAGAUGGCAGCGGGCUCCGGGGCGAGUGGGGUGGGAGCGGGAGCGGGAGGGGAGGCCAGUGGAGGGUUUUCAUCAUCAUCGUUUGGGACGGGAGUCGGGGUUGGCAAGUCUCAUGCCUCGCCAUCAUCUUCGGCGGCCGCGGGACCUGAAGAACCCGCGCCAGUAGCUAGGCCCGCCUCAUCUUCCGCAACGGAACCGGCAACAGUGAAGCCGGAUGAUAAGGGCAAAGGCGUCGCUUUGUAAAAAAAAGACCAACUGUACAUGUAUCAAGAACAUAGCUCAACAGCCAGAUUUGGCCUGAUUGGGAAGGCAAAGGCAAUUAAUUCAUUGUGUUUCCGUCAUGCGGACGUUCUCCCCAAACGG